AUGUUGGGUGGAGGAUGUGAAGUGAGAGGAUCAAAUGAUUGUCAUCAAGCAAGAGAAACACAAAUCUGUCGAUUGGGAUGGUUGUUAUUGAUGAUGUGGCUCUGCAUGAUCAUUUAUAUGACAAAAGAAAUGUGGUGUGGAAGUAUUCCAAUGGAGACACCACGAGAAGAGAAACAAUCAACACAGCGAUCAUCGACGAAAUACAACAAUCACAGAGUUAUUGAAGUC